AUGGAGAUGUUCAACCCACGAGACGUCUCCUGGUCCUCGAUACCGACAGAUCUCCUUCUCGCCGAAAUUUCCAGACGGCAAGAAGAUGACAAUGGCGAGCCAGAGAAGCCCGCCUGCGGCUCGGGCGAACGAGGCGCAUACGACACCCCGCUCCAUGUCUUUGCUCUGAUCCUCAUCCUCGCCCUCAGCACGCUCUCUUGCGGCUUCCCGCUGUUCUCCCGCCAGAGAUCCAAGAGUCGCCGCGCGAAUACCGUCAUCUUCCUGGGCCAACACUUCGGAACCGGCGUCCUGAUCGCGACCGCCUUUGUCCAUCUCCUGCCGACCGCAUUCCUGUCCCUCACCGACCCAUGUCUACCAUACGUCUUCAGCAAGGGAUACCAUCCCAUGGCGGGACUAGUGUCCAUGGUCUCGGCUUUGAUAGUCGUGACGAUAGAGUCGUACCUGACGAUUAGGGGCGCUGGGCACUCGCACGCGCACAACCACGGCUGGGACUCGGAGGACGAGGAUUCAGAGGAGGAGACUACAGAAUCCCAGACCAACGGUGGCUUGGCUGCAAGGAGAGCCUCGGGCCACCGACCAGCGGACAUCGCGCUGAACGACGUGGGAGCGAGUCGAGGGCUCAUGGCCGAUGUAUCGCCGUUGCCAAAUUCCACGCCCACGGUCGUAGCGCCGAACGGGAGAAAGCUCUUUGUCUCUAACAAGAACGAUGAAGACGAGGACGAUGAGGAUGAGGAUGGCCUGUACCAAGACCAAGACCUAGACCUAGACCUAAACGAGCUAGACCCCGCGACCAACGACGACGCGCGACCCCUUGCGCGUCCCAACCAUGCAAAACGGCACUCCGAAUCUGGGACCCAGCAGGUCCCGCCUACGCCCGAAGAGCAACAGCGGCUCAUGCUGCAAUGCAUGCUGCUAGAAGCCGGGAUUCUGUUCCACAGCAUAUUCAUCGGCAUGGCAGUCUCAGUCGCCAUAGGGCCCCCGUUCGUGGUCUUCCUAGUCGCCAUCGCCUUCCACCAGACCUUCGAGGGGCUCGCGCUCGGGUCGCGCAUCGCGGCGAUCCAGUUUCCGCGGUCUUCUAUACGCCCCUGGCUGAUGGUUCUGGCGUACGGGGUCACCACGCCCCUGGGUCAGGCCAUCGGGCUGGGCGUGCAUACGCUGUACGACCCCAAGAGCCAGACGGGCUUGCUGAUGGUGGGUUUUAUGAAUGCCAUUUCCAGCGGCCUGCUGUUAUUUGCGGGCUUGGUUCAACUACUAGCUGAGGAUUUCCUCACGGAGAAGAGUUAUAAAUCACUGAAGGGGACGAGGCGCAGGGACGCUGGUCUCGCUGUGUUUGCUGGGGCUACGCUCAUGGCUCUGGUGGGCGCUUUUGCAUGA